AUGGGUCGGCUCGACCGGAGUGAUACCACGGCCUCACAGAACACCGGCGUGAAACAACCCACAGCGUUGUGUUUCGCCGUCACAUUUAAAACAAUAGUGUGUGAUGAUCCUAUAGUAAAAGUUGAACAGGGAUUGGUGCUGGGUAAAGUCCAAGAGGCUGUCGUUGGUGGUUAUCAGUACUACAGUUUCGAAAACAUUCCCUACGCAAAACCACCCGUCGGGCCCUUUAGAUUCAAGGCACCUGAAGCUCCAACCCCAUGGGAAGGCGUUAGGAAUUGCACCGCUCUGGGACCCAUGUGCCCACAAUACAGCCCUUUAAGUGACUUAUUAAAACUUGGCAAUGAAGACUGUCUCACCGUAAACGUAUACACUCGCAAUUUAACAGGAAAGUCAUCUGUUCUUGUCUACAUUGAUGGAUUUGCCUAUUCGUUUGAUAGAGAUUAUGAUGAUCUGUAUGGAGCUGAUUACAUGGUUAAAGAUUUAGUAGUAGUCACAUUCAACCAUAGAAGAGAUGUAUUUGGUUUUCUGAAUCUUGGUACCAAAGAUGUCUCUGGAAACGCUGCUUUGAAAGAUCAAGUUGCGCUUCUUAAAUGGGUUCAAAAGAAUAUUGCAGCAUUUGGUGGGAAUCCAGACAGUGUAACUUUGGCAGGUUUAAGUUCUGGGUCAGCAGCGAUUGCGCAUCACUUGAUGUCACCUUUAUCCACAGGACUGUUCCACAGAGCCAUUAUGCUGAGUGGAGUACCUACUUGUGAUGCCAUAUACUCAUACAAAGUCAAGGAAAAAUCUUUUCUCCUUGGCAAACAAUUAGGCUACGAUGGUGAAGAUCCAGAAGAGCUAUUAACGUUCCUUCAAAAUGUACCCUAUGAAGAUCUGAUUCACAAAAUGGUUUACGUUUCAUCUGCUGAAGAACAAACAAGUCUAUUAUUGAAAAAAAUGAGCACUUUCGUGCCAGUUAUCGAAGACGACUUUGGCCAAGAAAGGUUCAUAAGUGAGGAUAUUACGACAGCUUUGAAAAAUGGACUUGUCAACAAUGUUGAAAUCUUGAUUGGAUAUUCUGAUCAAGAGGCUCUAAUUGUCGUUAAUCAGUACGCUGAUUAUAUGUUAAAUCUUUACAAAAAUAACCCUUUGCUUUUUGUUCCCAACAAAAUAUUGUACCAGGAGGAUAUUGAGGACAAAAAACCUGAAAUAGCUAACGCGAUCAAGAAGUAUUAUUUGGGAGAUAAAGAAGUGAGCGUAGAUAACAUGAAAGAAUUCGUUCAGUGCAACAGCCACUCCUGCAUGAUAUACGAUGUUUUGAAAUUCGCACAAAAGGUUUCUCAAUUGACUGACACCUAUUUGUUGAAAUUCAGUAGUGUUUCAAGCAGAAACGUAUAUGGUAACGAAGGUCAGAAGUACAGCAUCAAAGGAGCUUCGCAUGGAGACACUGUCUUAUACAUGUUCGAUCCUAAGCCGCUGAACAUGGUCGUAGACGCCAACAGCAAAGAGUACGCUAUGAUACGACAAUUUGUAGGCAGUUUAUCGACAUUUGCUGCUUCUGGUAAACCAGCACCUGAAUCUGACUGGCCUAAAUUCACUGUUGACAGCCAAAACUACGUAGAAUUCACAGACACCAUGACUUUAAAACAAGGACCUAACAGUGCUGACGUUCAGUUUUGGGACAGCAUCUACGAGCAGGCAAAUCAUCCCAUCUACCCGUACUAA